AUGGAUCGAAACCCACCACAAUCGACUACUCUCUCGGAGCCCACCGCAUCUGCUCUGUCGGUUCUCGUCUUCUCCGAUCACAAUCGGAAGGAGUUCUUUUUUGAAGUUCAGUGCAAACUGUGGGUGAGUCAACAAGAUAGUGUCAUUCCUCAAUCGUUUCCUUGGGAGAGCUCAUCACAAGUCCCUGUCUUCAGCACUCAAUGUACAGAAACUUCAAGUUUCUGUGAAGAGUCAUCUACACAGCGCAAAGAAAGAAAGAAAUGGACUCCUUCUGAUGAUCUUGUGCUCAUAAGCGCCUGGUUAAACACCAGUAAGGAUCCUGUCGUGAGCAAUGAGCAGAAAGCAGGCACAUUCUGGAACCGCAUUGCAGCCUACUAUGCAGCUAGUCCGAAGGUGGAAAGUGGAGAUAAGCGAGGAGCUCUUCAAUGCAAGCAAAGGUGGCAGAAGAUCAACGAUCUUGUCUGCAAGUUCUGUGGUUCCUAUGCGGCUGCGACAAGACAGAAAACAAGUGGUCAGAGUGAGAGUGAUGUUGUGAAACUCGCACAUGAAAUUUUCUUCAAUGAUCAGAAGAUUAAAUUCAACCUUCACCAUGCUUGGGAGGAGCUCCGCUAUGACCAGAAAUGGUGUGAGCAUGCUAGUAGUAAGCUUGGUGGAAGCGCUAAGAAGAGAAAAUGCGAGGAUGGAGCAGAAACAGAAAGCUCUCAAGCUACUAUCAAUGUCGAUAAUCUACCUACCAAACGGCCUGCUGGUGUUAAGGCUGCGAAAGCAGCUUCUGCAAAGAAACCAAUAGUAGAUAAGGAGGCUGAUGAGAAGUUUGGCAAGUUGUGCUCAAUUAAAGAGAAAGACCUUGUCUUGACAGAGAGAGUUUCCAAAAUGAGACUGCUUGACAGUCUCAUUACAAAAAAAGAACCACUUUCUGAAAAAGAAGAAGCACUGAAGAGUAAGCUUCUUACAGAGAUGCUGGAUGCUCCAUAAUAUGAUGGUUCUGUCGCAUGUUUAAAUGUUUCUUAAUGGGAUGUUUCGGUUUGAUGCUUUUGUUUCAUGUUUCAUAUUUCUUGUUUCUGUUUCAUGUAUCGGUUUGAUGUUCUGUUGUAUGUGCUUCAUGUAUCAGUUUCUGUUUGAUGUUUAUGUAUCUGUCUGUUUGCGAUUUCAUGUAUCAGUUUCAUGUAUCAGUUCUCUUGACCACUUCUUGUGUCCAUUUACGAUUGCAUCUCUUUCUGUAUGUUUUUGUUUGAUGCUUCUGUCUGAUUGUA